UCGCACCGUGUGGAUUCAUGGACACUUGUGCAGGAUUUUGUUCACAUAUGGAUGGUGAUCCACGGCACAUGCUCAGUUGUGCACACCGAGAGAAGUUUGGGGGCUGAUAGCUGCGGCUGAGGUCACUGCACAGCUAGCGGUGGCACUGGGAAAGACCGACUCCCUCCGCCGCCUCCAUUUUGAAUAGCCAUGUAAUAGGGGAAUCGCAUAUAGUUUGUAUCGACCGCUGCGCUGCAUAGUGUCAACAAGCCACAUCCAAACAUCCUCCGACAUGGACGACCUGUUCAGUCCGCGAAGGAGCCUGAACAGCACACAGGGCGAGAUUAGAGUGGGACCAAGCCAUCAGGCUAAGCUUCCAGAGCUGCAGCCGCGGCCUGCACCCAGCCUCCAGACUCAGACAGAGAGUGAAGAGCUGGUGUGGACGCCUGGGGUAAAUGACUGUGACCUUCUCAUGUACCUCAGAGCUGCCAGGAGCAUGGCAGCAUUUGCAGGGAUGUGUGAUGGUGGAUCUACGGAGGAUGGAUGCUUAGCCGCCUCCCGUGAUGACACCACCCUCAAUGCACUGAACAUGUUACAUGCAAGCCAUUAUGAUGCUGCAAAAGCUCUCCAGCGUCUGGUUAAGAAGCCUGUGCCAAAGCUCAUAGAGAAAUGCUGGUCAGAAGAUGAUGUGAAACGCUUCAUCAAAGGCCUGAGACAGUAUGGGAAAAAUUUCUUCCGUAUUCGGAAAGACUUGCUGCCCAGUAAAAAGACUGGUGAACUGAUAACUUUCUACUACCACUGGAAGAAAACUCCUGAGGCUGCAGGAACAAGGGCGUAUCGACAGCAGCGUCGACAGCCGUCCUCCCGCAAAGCGAAGACCCGCUCUGCCACAGCGCCUGUGACCGCCCCAUCUCGAUCUCAUUCAAUGGACCUGAGCUCUGCCAGUGAAGAUGAUCUUGACAGUGAAGACAGUGAACAGGAAAUGAAGAACUACACAUGUGGCCAUUGUGGUACAACAAGUUCUAAGGAUUGGCACCAAGGGGGCAGAGACAACCUCUUGUUGUGCACGACCUGCCGCACAUUCUACAACAAGCACAGCCGCCUGCCGCCCGCUCAGAAACCUGCAGACCCUCCCUUCAUGUUUAAACCUGUCAAAGAAGAAGAAGAGGAAGGGAUGAAUGGCAAGCAUGGCAUGAGGACACGGCGGAGCAGAGCAACUCUGUCAUCUCUAAGAAGUGGCCACAAGAGGCUCACAGGCUCCCCGACCAGUGAGGACCAACAGUCCAGUAGCCAGCCCUCCCCGAGUGGAGCAAGUUCUCUGUCUAAUGCUUCAAGAACCUCUUCCACAGACAGUAAGAAUGACUCCAAGAAAUCAAACAAGAAGACGAAGGAGGAGGCACCGUUACCAAAGACUACAAAACGUGUGCGGGAGAGUCCUGCUCAGGAGCCUGACGAGCCGGAUAAAGUUACACCUAAAAGACCUAAAACACAGGAAACCCAGGGUUCUCGGUCUGAGGGGGAGGCAGAGGUGGAGGAGGAAAGUUCGGACAGCCGCAGUGCUAACGAUGAUGGCAGCAGUGACACCAAAGACAUUGAUCAGGACAACCGCAGCUCCUCACCCAGCAUCCCCAGCCCUCAGCAAGGCAAUGACAGCGACUCUGACUCAUCUGCCCAGCCAAAUGGCAUCCCAUCAGAGCUUGGCGCCCCCACUGCUGUGCUGGCGGAGACACCCAUCGCUCAGGCCCUCCCCUCUCAGGGCCCCAUCACUACUCCCCAGCCACCGCAAAGCACCCCCUCUGCUGAUCCUGCCCAAAGCCCCCCUCCACCCUCACCAGACCCUCCUCAGCCAGCCUGUGGUCAGCCAGCUGGCGUAAUGGGCCCACACAUCCGGCAGCAGCCCGCUUCUCACUCUCUUUCUGUCCCACCGUCUGUUCCUUCGACAGUGGGGCAGGGCUUUCCUCAUUCACCGGCAUUUCAGGUUCCACCCUCUCUCAGCUCUUUAUCUGCGCAGCCUCAAGGCCCGUCGUCUCAGGUCUCCCAGCGACACCCACACUUCUCUAGGGAGUCCCAGCUUCCCCAGACUCCCUCAUCUGGUCCCCAAAUCAAGCCCCCUCCCACCACCCCUAUCCCACCUUCACACAAGCAGCUACCACACCUGUCUGCAACACCUUUCCCCCAAAUGCCUUCCAAUCUCCCCCCUCCUCCAGCUCUGAAGCCCCUCAAUUCUCUGCCCAACCAGCACCCUCCAGGCGCCCCCCCACCCCCUCUUCAGCUCAUGCCACAGUCGGUACCCAUGCAGUCCCUUCCAGCCCAGCCUCCAGUGCUCUCUCAGCUACAGACCCACCCUGGGAAAAGCAGCCAUUCUUCUCACCCAUCCAGUUCAACCUCACACCCUCUCACCUCUGUUGCACCAUCUACCAUCGGCCCUGUCCCUAGCUUGCAGCCAUCCUUCCCACCUCUCUCUCUGAGACCCUCACCGAGUGCUUCUGUGGGAGGGUCACAUGUUCAGAUUAAAGAGGAACCAUUGGAUGACCUGGAAGAGGCAGAUAGCCCUCCGCCUCCAUCAAGGAGCCCCUCACCAGAGCCCACCGUUGUGAACAUUGCAAGCCAUGCAAGCCAGUCUGCACGGUUUAUCAAACACUUGGACCGUGGCUACAAUUCCUGUGCUAGAACGGACCUGUUCUUCACUCCACUUGCGUCUUCCAAACUGGCCAAGAAAAGAGAGGAGGCGGUGGAAAAAUCUAGGAGGGAGGCUGAGCUCAGUGCCCGUCAGGAGCGUGAAAGGGAGAAGGACCGAGAGAGAGAACGAGAACGUGAGGCAGAUAAAAAUGCUCGGGCCUCCAGCUCCUCCCAUGACAGUCGUAUGAGUGAGGCACAGAUGUCGGGCCAGGCCCACAUGCGUCCCACCUUUGAACAGCCGCCUACCACUGUAGCUGCUGUGCCCCCCUACAUUGGACCUGACACACCUGCCCUGCGCACGCUGAGCGAAUAUGCACGGCCCCAUGUUAUGUCCCCCACCAACCGCAACCACCCUUUCUUUGUGUCACUGAGCCCUGGGGACCCGUUGCUGGCCUACCACAUGCCCGGUCUGUACAGUGCUGAGCCCAGCCUGCGAGAGCGUGAGCUUAGGAACCUGAGAGAGAGGGAGCUUCGUGAGAGGAUGAAGCCUGGCUUUGAGGUCAAACCCCCAGAGCUGGAAACUUUACACCCCUCGGCCAACCCAAUGGAGCACUUCGCCCGCCAUGGGGCACUGGCUCUUCCGCACAUCGCCGGGCCUCCCCACCCCUUCUCACCUUUCCAUCCUGGGCUUAACCAUCUUGAUCGAGAGAGGAUGGUGCUGGCAGGACCACCACUACGCCCAGAGCUGAGUUAUGCCGAGCGACUGACUACAGAAAGGCUUCAUGCAGAGAGAAUGGCUUCUGUGGCAAGUGACCCUGCUGCCAGGCUUCAGAUGCUUAAUGUGACGCCGCAUCAUCACCAGCACUCUCAUAUUCACUCUCAUCUCCAUCUGCAUCAACAGGAUCCUCUCAACCAAGGUUCCAGCCCUCAUCCAUUGGUGGACCCCUUGGCAACAGGACCACGUUUGGCCCGCUUCCCCUUCCCCACUGGCCCGAUCCCAAACCCAUUGCUCAAUGAUCUGCCCCAUGAUCACGAUAUGCUGCGCCACCCAUUGUUUGGAGCAGCAUAUCCCAGAGAGCUGCAGGGCCCUAUUCCUCAGAUGUCUGCUGCCCACCAGCUCCAGGCCAUGCAUGCUCAGUCUGCCGAAUUGCAGAGGAUGGCUAUGGAACAGCAGUGGCUUCAUGGACAUCAUCACCUACAUGGAGGCCCUCUACCUGGGCAAGAAGAUUAUUACAGCCGUCUGAAGAAAGAAGGUGACAAGCCAUCGUGAGUCCCAGAUGGUGCAUGCCAUAAAACCCUGUACUCUACCUAAUGAAUAGAAUACUGUGUACUUUAAGAGAAUAUUUGUGUGUCAUUUUUUUGUUUUAAUAUAUUUCAAAAAAUCUUUGUGAAUCUUUAUGUGCAUUCCUUGUUCAGCACUUAAUGGGAUUGUCAAACAGUGUCCGUCUGAGAUUUUCAUAUCAGUUAAGAAUUUAUACUGCCUUUAUAAACAAAAUUAUUACAGUCUCACUCAUUCAUGUGAGAUGUAGAGUGAGUUAAGCAGUUUCCUAUACAGUAGUGUAGAUUUGCUAAUGUAAGGCUAUCAUAAAGGAUAUGAAAACAUCUGACUGACUUUGGUGUUAAGUUUUACUAUUCCUUUGAUUUUUAAACGAUUUCCUUGUACAGAGUGGCAUUUAAAUCCGUGUUUGAAUGACUGACUGUAACAACCUAGCAUGACUCUGUCCUCGGUUUUCACCAAACUAGAGUAGCAAGUUGCAUUGUUGUGUGUUUAGACUUGGAAAGCAUAGUAGAGAUCAGGUUUAUUCUAAAUCUGCUAAAUAUUUGUCUAAAUCCUAAAGUUUUAUAUUUCAAGGUAUCUUUUCACAGUGUAACCUAAGCUUUUACUCACUCAUUUUUGAGAUUGUAAAUAGUACAUGUUCACAAUAUUCUAUAUAAAUGAGUAUUAUUGAUAUAACAGUAGUUGUGAACCCUUUAUCUUCUAUUUGGCACAAUAGCAGUAAAGCUAAAUCAAGCUAAAUACAGUAUAUAGUAUUAUUAGGUAAGAGAAUUGUUAUUUGGACCAUCAUCUGUGUUGCCCCCUUACAGAAGGCUGUGCUAGAUCAGUUUAUCCCAUGUUUUCAGAUCAGAAAUUUAGAAAGACCUUGGCAUCCUAAUGAAAUUUUUAAAAUGAACUGCUUCAAAAUUCAAUAUUUAUGUGAAAUAAUAUGAAAGUGUAUACAUUGCAUAUUUAUUUCAAUAAAUAUUUCUGCAAUGGCACCUUCA